GAAGGCCAAGGACUCUGGAGUCACACCUGUGUUUGCAUCUAGACUCUCUCAGUGAUGGGCUCUCUGACCUUGAACAUAUGACAUAACCUCAAAAGUCAGAUUUCUCAGCUGUGAAAUGGGAGUCAUCACAAGAUUAUAGUAAUCAACUUAGAUAAUGCAUGUAAAGCAUUAAUCCCAUCAAACUUAUCCCACACGUGAAGAUGCGGGCCUGGAAUUCACGUGGACAAAGUCCGGGUAACUCAGGGGCGCCAGAGCCAAGAACAAUCACUACAAAGUGACUAUUUUAAAUGCAACGAAGAAGCUAAGACCUUUCUUAAGGACGUUGCUAUCGCUGUUAAGAAAUUGGAAGAAAUGAGAAAAGCCACAAUUGAUCUCCUAGAAAUUGAAAGCAUGGAACUCAGCAGACUAUAUUUUCUACUGGAAACUCUUCCCAGUAGCAUUGGCAGAGAAUUAGAAGAAUGUGUCAGAGAUGCACGCAGAUUAAAUCUUUUUGAGAUAAAUCAAAUACAGACGGACAUUACAAGGAUGAAUGAUGCAAUACAGUCUCUGAAGAUGAGAAUACUUGAUCUGAAAAAAAUUAAUGAAGCUCUAGGUGAAGAGCAAGAGAAGCUGGCAAGGGAGCAUGAAAAGUUAGUGACGGCACUCAACCACACAAUGGGAGAAAAAGCCACCACCACUGUUUACAUCAACGAGAUUUACACCAAAAUCACCUCAGAGAGAAAAGACAUAGAAUUGCAAAAACGACAUCUCGAAGAAAUAGAGGAGCAAUUGGAAAAAGAAAAAGAGGACUAUUUGAAAAGAAAACAAAAACUGAAUGAAGAGAUUGAAAGAUGUAAAAACUUCUGUGAAUUUAAGAGAACAGAGACUUAUAAAAAGAAGAAAGAAUUGGAGACAUUAAAACUUAAAGUGUCAAAAAUGAAAGAAACAUUUACGACCAGCACAGUGGUUCUUAGUGAUCACAAUUUAGAGAUAUCACGACUACAAGAAUCAAUAAGACAUUGGGAACAGGAGCUCGAAGAAAUGAAGAAAUCCUGUAAGAUACUGGAGGAUAAAAUACAAUUUUUUGUAAAUACAAAAGGAAAACUGGAAGAUUCAUCUGGUAUUGAAAAAGAUGAAUUCUUGCAGAAGAUAAAGCAGAUGGCUGAGAAACUACAUAAAAAUCGUUUAGAGAACAAAGACCUACAGGAGAAAUUGAGUACUCUUACCAGGCAAUAUAAGAUUGUCUUAAGUGAGGAGGAUAAACUUUUUAUGCAGAAACAGAAAAUUUACAAUGAAAAUCAGAAACAACUGGCAUUUAUUACUCAGAAAGAAAACUUCCUAUCACAAAGAAAAGUAGACAUCAAAAAUAUGGAAGAAGGACUUGUCACACUCCAUGAUCUUCAUCGAGCAACAAAAGCCGUUUAUCAGAAACAAAUAAAAAUCCUGAAUGAUAACUUGGAAAGAGAAAAUCAGAGAUGUAUUAUAACUCAGUGGAAAGUAGCUUGUUUGCGAAAAAAACAUGCACGUUGGAGGAAGAGGCUAAACAUUGAAAUAGGAGAAAUUUUAGAUAAAAUUCAGACUUCGGAAUUCAGACGCACUGAAUUAUUACAAGAGACCACUGUACGAGAAAAAGAGAUCAGUGAAUUUUUGGCAGAGAUUGAAAAAGUUACAUUGGAAUUAAAACAAGAGGAGGAGGAAUUUAUUGUCAAAGAAAAAAAGUUAAUUCAAGAGUUGAGCAAGUAUGCGAAAAGAUUUGUUGAGGAAACGCAAAGUAAUAAAGUAAAGGAAGAAGAGCUAGUCGAGUGUCUUCCACAACUUCAAGUGGCAGAAGAAGAGUACAAAAGCAAAAGUGGAAAAUUUGAAGAGCUCAGUAAUAUUAUUACAGAGCAAAAGCAGGAGCAGAAUUUACUAAAUGAUUACAUUUCUCAAAUGGCAAAAGACUUUUCGAGAUAUUUUAGCAACACGGAAAAAGUGAAGCAAGAACUCAAAUACUUACGAGAUCAAGAAAGCCAUAAGAUUAAAAAUCAUUUUGAAACUCUAAAGAACUUAGAAAAUGAAAUCUAUGUGCAUGACUUAAAAGUAAAUGUUUUGCUCCUGGAAAAUGAAAAAUUAAGAAAAUAUAUUGCAUACAUGAAGAACAAGAUAGAGCAAUACAGAAAAGGAGAAGACUACCUCAAGUCCAUGUCAAGUGACCUGUCUUGUCAACUGACGGCUCAUCAGACACAGUAUUUGGAUUUGUGGGCUGAAUUUCAGACUACAGUUAAGGAACUGGUAAACAGCGGCGAUGAGAUUUUGCAAGAAAUAAAAAACCUGAUAGAGAAGCUGAAGGAAAGAGAUGAAAACAUUGAGCGUAUCAGCACUUGGCUACAAGGGAAUCUUGAAGAGCUGCAUUUUCUUAUGGAACAGGAAUCAGAAAUAGACCUCCAUAAAGAGAAGAAACACAUUCCUUUCAAAAAAGUCCAUCCCCAGGGGGUUGAAUGUACUAUGAAAAACAUUAACAAAGAAAAACUAAAAUAACAAGGCUACACCUGCUGUGAAUUUAAAAGGCAAAAACAAAACUACAAAACAAGUGAGUGCACUUUCUUUCAUAUUUUGCAAUGGUCAAUGGAUGUCUUAAGUUGAUUAACAAACCUGCAUAAUCCCCACUAAACAGAAUCGGUAAAUAACCUUCUAAACAAUACAGAUGGAUAAAAUGGCCAGAUUUUUUUUCCUAAAGAUUUUAUUAUUUAUUUGAGAGAGAGAAUGAGACAGAGAGAGCAUGAGAGGGGGGAGGGUCAGAGGGAAAAGCAGACUCCCCGCCGAGGAGCCCGAUGCGGGACUCGAUCCCGGGACUCCAGGAUCAUGACCUGAGCCGAAGGCAGCCGCUUUAACCAACUGAGCCACCCAAGCACCCCAAAAUGGUCAGAUUAUUAGGUUAAGUGCCAAAAAACUUUAUUUUGCUUCCAUAUGAAUCUCUUAAAGGCUUCCGAACAUAAAAUUCGCAGCACACACCUAUCAAGGAAAACUAUAUGUUGUAUAUAUUCUGUAUUUAGUUUAAGAAGGCAUCCGUUGUAAGAUGCAUCCUAAUUCAGAGAUGUCACAAUGUGAAAAAAGUUUCAGGAUCAAUAAAAUAUGGCACUGUGCAUAUAUCCUUCAAAAAUGAGACCAAAGAGGAAGGGACUAUGUGAAUACAUGUAUUUAUUCAUUUGGGAAAGAACUACUCCUCUUACUACUUAAUAGUCUGAAUUAUUUCCACAAUUAGUGUGGCAAAAUACAAUUAAAUGUCAACAUCUGAGAUUUUUUUGUAAAGCAUUUUUUGUAAAGCACACAAAAUGUAAGCAUUUUGUUUUUCUUAACAGAAACAAUAAUCAGAAGAUGUCUUCAACCAAACUACUUAUAAACAGAAAACCUAUUAUAUAAAUUAUACUCUAUUUUUAUAAUCAAAAUACUGUACUGGUAAAAAUAAAUAACAAACAACAUACUUCAUUUCCAUGUUUGCUAUCAGACCCACAAGGUAUGUUUGUCCUUAUAAUUCAUUAUACUUGAAAAACAAAUUGAAAUACAACAGACAUGCACAAUUAGGCCAAUGCUAAGGAUUUCAGAUUAUACUUGUCAAGGAAUAGAGAAAUAUGAUUUUGCUUUAAAGAAUAAUUAAGUUGUUGCCGGAGGCAAGUGCUUCCUAACAUGCUGGUAGUGUCAUAGAGUGCUAAAGUAUACAGUGUAUUAUACUAUGUAACAGACUACUACAGCAUUUUGUAUUUUCCAAGUCUAACCAUAAAGUCUGUUAAGU